AUGAAAGACUACUUCAACGACAAUUGCACAUAUCCACCAGAGUACUUUCACAGGCGAUUCCGGAUGCGACGAGAACUUUUUCUUCGCAUCCUUAAUGAUGUCAAAGCUUAUGAUGAUUACUUUGUCCAAAAAAAUGAUGCGACUGGUCAUCUGGGGUUGUCUUCUAUACAGAAGAUGACAACUGCUGUUCGUAUACUCGCAUAUGGUUGUGCAACCAAUCACUAUGAUGAGUAUAUUAAAAUUGGCGAAAGCACUGCCAUUAAAUGCUUGAAGGCAUUUUGUAAUGUUAUUGUUGCUGUGUAUGCAGAAGAGUAUAUGUGCCUACCCAACGAAGCCGACAUAGCACAUCUGCUUAAAAAAGGGGAGCAGAGAGGAUUUCCGGACCAUCCCGCAUCCAACCACUACAAAAGAAAAAUUAUUUGCUCAGCGACAAGAAGCAGCAAGGAAAGAUGUGGAACGAGCUUUUGGAGUAUUGCAGAUCAAGUGGCAAUAACGCAAGGACCAGUGCGUUACUGGGAGAAAGAUGACUUAUGCCUCAUAAUGAAAACGUGCAUCAUUCUUCACAAUAUGAUCAUUGAAGAUGAGCGUCACGCAAAUGUUGGAAGAUGGACUCCGCAACCGAAGGAUACAAUCCCGAUUCCCACUUUAAGUCAAUGCCCAUCGGUUUUAACGACACAUCGCCAACUUCAGAUUCGUAACAGAGAGACAAAUACACGGUUGAUGAAUGAUUUGAUAAAAAAUUUGUGGAACCGCUAUGCUGAUGAAGAUGUUUAA